UUAGGAAGAUGGAAAAGAAGCUGAAGCCGUAAUACAAACAGAGAUUGAUAGUAUAUGGUAUGAUACAGAAUUCCGAUGCCAAUAUAAUGGUAGUCCUAUAGUUGCACAUGUGUGUAUAUAUGUAUAUAUAUCAACUGUAUACGUUAUCAUGGCCGAUUGGCUUAAAAACUGGAUCGGCAUGUUGAUGCACUGACUGAGCUGAGGACUCAUCAAAUCAUCAUCAUCAUGUCCUAAUGCCAGUGCAGUGACAAGACAUGAUCAUCAUCGUCAUCAUGAUGUGUUAUUAAUUUAUUACGGAGGAUUUUACCAUUGACUAGGAGUACUAGUCCUAGUACUAAGUAGUAUUAGAAAGAUCGUCAUGGCGGAUCGUAGUAACGACGUGCAAUCACCACCUUCAGCACCAAUGGAGUCACCAGCACCACCUUCAUAUGAUGAAGCAAUGGGCCAGCAGGGAUACCCACUCGCUGGGACCAGACACACAGGGGGUGAAUUGCCACCAUCUUACGAGACAGUGGCACUUAUGGAUCAUAAUGUGGAAGGUCAUAUAUAUAGACCACAGCCAGCCGGUCAGGUGUACCCAACCAAUGGCCAACCUGUAGGAGCUUGCAGUAACUCAUUAGUAUGUGAUCCUCUGGGAAGUGUUUCCCCAGCAGGUUACCCAGUACGACCUGGUGAAGGUGGACCUUAUUCACACUACAUGUUUGGUGGUAUGAAGUAUGCAAAUGGCAGAGGUAUGCCAUCCAGUGGGCAGUACCCACCUCAAAUAGGAGGCGAUGCAUCAUACGUGCAGUUACCUCCAGUAGUGAGUCAGCGCCAGAUUCCAAGCAGUUCAGGAGUUGUUGUGGAGCGUGUAGAUGCAAAUCCACCAGACUAUCUGUGCAAAUCCGUCUUUGCCUGCCUCUGUUGCUUCUGGCCUUGUGGAAUCAUUGCAAUAAUUUAUUCCUUGCGUGUCAGAAGUCUGAACAGUCAACAUCGCUAUGAAGAGGCAUGGAAGGCUUCUAGGAUCACUCGUAACACUAUCACCGCCUGCAUCGUUAUCGGAUUAGCUUUGUACAUCCUCAAGCUCGGUCUCACCUCUGCACUUUCUCAGGAGAUUGAUGAAUCGGCAGUGAACUCUACGAUGGUUGACUGGCUAACUUCAAACCAAACUGGAUAUUGAGACGGAAAGAAAUGACAUGCCAAUAAUAGCAGGUUAAUGUGAAGAGGCAGUGAUUGAGGGAUGCUUUUCUACUUUUUGGCUUGAUUGGGCCAUGGACACUCAAUAACUAUAUGUACAGCAGUUGAGAAAUUGAGUGUAACUGUAGUACUUACAUUCUAUCAUGUGCACUAAUAAGUUUAAUUACAGAUAGAUUAGAAUAAUUAUUAGAUAAUAUAGGCUUACACAGUGUGGCGUGUAGCAUUACCAUUAUUGUUAUUUCUAUGUGUGUGCAUGCGUGCGUGCAUGUGUGCCUGUGUGCGUGUGUGUGUGUGUGUGUGUGUGCAUGUGAGAGAGCGAGCAUGAAUAUGUAUGCCAUAUGCCAUUAAGGUAAGGUCUUUUAUAAUAUUAAGCUUGACCAACGCUACCAUUUGGUCAGCUAAUAACAUGGUAUUGGAAUGACAAUAUAUAUGCUACACAUACAUAAAUUCAUGAUAUUGGAUAUUCGUCAAUUCUCCUAAGGUCUAGACCAGUGGUUCCCUAAAUUUUUCAGGCCACACAUUGGCUAUAUAAACUCAUAUGCAAUGCCCCCUACCUUAUUUAUGCACUUGCAAAUUAUUGCCUCUUGUAAGAGCAAAUUGGCCUCUGGUAAUCCCGCAGCCCCUACGGGAGCGGUACCACCAACGUUGGGCCACUGGUCUAGAGGAAGAAACCGUAGUGGAUUUGACUAGUAAGAUUUUUGUCAGAGGAUUCGUCUUGGACAGAAAGGGCAGCAGGCAUUAUGCCCUAGGUGCAAGUCUGUACAUGUAACGAUGUAUAUAUUUUAGAACGUAUUAGUAUCCGUAUUAGCUAUACUAUUUAUGUAUAGUAUUUACUAUUUAUUGUUUUGUAUCAUAUUGUACCUGAUGUACUGUGUGUGUUUGUAUAUUGUGUCCUACAGAAUAAAAUUCCAACCUGUAGCAACCUCAA